GUGGGUUCUUUUUUUUCCAUCCAAAUUUUAACCCACUCCCACCCCGACGCCUGGGGCGAAAUUUAUUUAGUCUUCUCUUCCUCCAACUUCCGUCUCGCAACUUAGUUUUGUUCCAAUUUUCCAUUCCACCCCGUGAGAAACUUCUCCUUGUUAAAAUGGCUGACGAAGUUUACGAAGGUGCCAUUGGCAUUGACCUUGGUACAACCUACUCCUGCGUUGCCAACUACGAGGGCACCAAUGUCGAGAUCAUUGCCAAUGAACAGGGUAGCUACACCACCCCGUCCUUCGUUUCCUUCACCGACAAGGAACGCUUGAUCGGUGAAGCGGCGAAGAACCAGGCUGCCAUGAACCCUCAGAACACUAUUUUUGAUAUCAAGCGUCUUAUCGGUCGGCGGUUUGAGGACCCCAUCGUCAAGAAGGACGUUGAGUCGUGGCCGUUCAAGGUCGUCGACCAGGGUGGAAACCCUGUUGUGGAGGUCGAAUACCUCGGUGAAACCAAGACUUUCAGCCCUCAAGAGAUCUCAUCCAUGGUCCUGAUGAAGAUGAAAGAAGUCGCCGAGACCAAGCUCGGAAAGAAGGUUGAGAAGGCUGUGAUCACCGUGCCUGCUUACUUCAACGAUAACCAGCGCCAGGCGACGAAGGAUGCUGGUGCUAUCGCCGGCCUAAAUGUUCUCCGUAUCAUCAACGAGCCGACUGCUGCUGCGAUCGCCUAUGGUCUUGGCUCUGGUAAGUCGGACAAGGAACGCAAUGUUCUGAUCUACGAUCUUGGAGGUGGUACUUUUGAUGUUUCGCUCCUGAACAUCCAGGGCGGUGUCUUCACUGUCAAGGCUACGGCUGGAGAUACUCACCUUGGUGGACAAGAUUUCGACACAAACCUUCUGGACCACUUCAAGAAGGAGUUUCAGCGUAAGACUGGCAAGGAUCUUUCUGGCGAUGCUAGAGCGCUUCGCCGUCUGAGAACUGCCUGUGAGCGUGCUAAGCGGACGUUGUCGAAUGCUACCCAGACGACCGUUGAGAUUGAUUCCCUGUUCGAUGGAGAGGACUUCAACUCCUCCGUCACCCGUGCCAGGUUUGAAGAUCUCAAUGCCAAGUCCUUUUCUGGCACCCUGGAUCCGGUUCAGCAGGUCCUUAAGGACUCCGGUCUUGAGAAGAAGCAGGUCGAUGAAAUCGUGCUUGUCGGUGGUUCUACCCGUAUUCCUCGUAUCCAGAAGCUUCUCAGUGACUUCUUCGAUGGCAAAAAGCUUGAAAAGAGUAUCAACCCGGACGAAGCUGUUGCUUACGGUGCCGCUGUGCAGGCUGGCAUUUUGUCUGGAAAAGCUACGUCGGCCGAAACCCAGGACCUUCUGCUGCUUGAUGUUGUCCCGCUGUCUCUUGGUGUUGCCAUGGAGGGCAACAUCUUCGCUCCUGUCGUGGCCCGCGGUCAGACCGUUCCCACCAUCAAGAAGCGCACUUUCACCACAGUCGUUGACAACCAGACGACGGUUCAGUUCCCCGUUUACCAGGGUGAGCGUACCAACUGCGCCGAUAACACUUCCCUUGGAGAGUUCACUCUCGCCCCUAUCCCUCCCAUGAGGGCCGGCGAAGCCGCUCUUGAGGUUGUUUUCGAAGUCGAUGUCAAUGGUAUCCUCAAGGUCACUGCGACUGAGAAGUCUUCGGGUCGUACGGCGAACAUCACUAUCUCUAAUGCCGUUGGCAAGCUCUCUACCACUGAGAUUGAGCAGAUGAUCGAUGAUGCCGCCAAGUUCAAGACUAGUGACGAGGCCUUCACCAAGAAGUUUGAGUCUCGCCAGCAGCUUGAGUCUUACAUCUCUCGUGUUGAGGAGAUUGUCUCUGACCCCACCAUGUCGAUGAAGCUGAAGCGUGGAAACAAGGAGAAGAUUGAAUCCGCCCUCAGCGACGCUAUGGCCCAGCUUGAGAUCGAAGAUUCCACCCCCGAAGAUCUGAAGAAGAAGGAGCUUGCUCUUAAGAGACUGAUUACCAAGGCCAUGGCCACCCGGUAGAUGACUUCCUCUUACCUAUUACGAUCUUCUGUGCGGCGCCAUCAGACAGCGUAAUGCUCACGUUCCCGCCCGCUCUUCUUCCUUUCCCGCUUCUCAUCAUAUCUGGGCGGAGAGGCCACCUUGCUCGCUACAUAAGAGAUCGAAGACGAGAACCUAACGUUGUUUAUGCGACCUUCCUUUCGGGUCAGGCGUAUUUAUUCAUGACCGGGUACAAAAAUUGUGAAAAGUAAUUCAUGGAAUUUAGAUGAUGUUUUGGCAAUUUAAUGAUCUUGAUGAGCC